CUAGGAUAGUACGGAAUUUAAAACAAAAUGUAUACCGCUUUAUCAAAGUUGUUAAGAACAUUCACGAUCACUUCAAAGCGAUAUUUUCGUACACAUAACAGCUUACGUAACGAAGAAGAUACAGUGAAAAUUGACGAGAAAGAUAACCCCUUUCGUCUUAAGCCUAUCGAAUAUGAAAGCCAUACCUUACGAAGACAUGACAAUUUAAAACGGCAACGACUUUACGAAUUCGGGUUAUAUGUCGCAGCAUGCAUGCCAAAAUAUGUACAAAAGAUCCAAAUGCAGCACACUGACGAGCUCGAAAUUUUGAUUGCCCCUGAAGGCUUUCAUCCCGUUCUGACAUUCAUGGCUUAUCACCAACAUGCCUGCUUUAAUCAAUGCUCUUUGGCGACUGCGGUCGAUGUGCCGUGCAGAGAAUACAGGUUCGAAGUUGUGUAUAAUCUCCUUAGCUUACGAUACGGUGAACGAAUAAGAGUUAAAACUUAUACGGACGAACUAACGCCUCUCCAUUCGGCUGUUAGUUUAUGGGGAAACUGCAAUUGGCUAGAAAGAGAAAUAUAUGAUAUGUUUGGAAUUGUUUUCACAAAUCAUCCAGAUCUGAGAAGAAUCUUAACUGACUACGGUUUUCAAGGACACCCGCUCAGAAAGGAUUUUCCGCUCACCGGUUACAUUGAAGUUAGAUACGACGAUGAGUUAAAAAAAAUAGUAUACGAACCGGUAGAAUUUGCUCAAGAGAUGCGUAGCUAUCAACUGGAUUCACCUUGGAAUCACUUGCGGAAUUUUUAUGAAGGAGUCAAUUGCCCUGAGUCCGAAAAGAAGAUCUAA